CAGAGCUCAGAUCAACUCUUCGUACUGAAGCUAAACUCUAGCUUUCACCAAGAAAGAAAAGGACUCCUGUGAGCAGGGCAGCAGACGGAAACUCCUAAGCCGACACCAGAUCCACUCGAUCAGAAGUUCUUGAGAGCAGAGGAAGACUUCCCAAAGAGGUUUAGAAAGCUCUGAAUUGAUCCUGAAGGAGAGAAGAUGUUUGCUAACAACGAGAAGGUCAUCUGGCUGCCUCUGCUCUGCUUGCUUUUCUCACACGCGGCUGCCGGUCAGGAGUGCAGCGGUCAGUGUUCCUGCCCCUCCACACCCCCCCGCUGUCCUCCAGGAGUCAGUCUGGUCCUGGACGGCUGUGGCUGCUGCAGGGUGUGUGCCAAACAGAUGGGGGAGCUCUGCACUGAGAAGGACGUGUGCGACCCCCACAAAAACCUCUUCUGUGACAUCGGAGCCCCCAUCAGCAGGCGCAUUGGGGUGUGCACAGCUCGGGAGGGGGCCUCUUGUGUGUUUGGAGGCACGGUGUACAAAAGUGGGGAGACCUUCCAGAGCAGCUGCAAGUACCAGUGUACGUGUAUGGACGGAGCUGUGGGCUGUGUCCCGCUGUGCUCCAUGGACAUCCGGCUGCCCAGCCCAGACUGCCCCAUGCCGAGGAGAGUCAAGGUCCCUGGAAAGUGCUGCGAGGAGUGGGCGUGCGAUUCCCCCUACAAAGACACCUUAUUGGGCCCUGCUUUGUCUGCUUUCAGAGAGGAAGAGACUUAUGGCCCAGAUCCCAACAUGAUGAGGGAGAACUGCCUGGUUCAGACCACAGAAUGGAGCGCCUGCUCCAAGACCUGCGGCCUCGGCAUCUCCACCAGGGUCACCAAUGAUAACCACGAAUGCCGGCUGGAGAAGCAGACCCGGCUCUGUAUGAUGCGACCCUGUGAGUCACAGAUGGAGCAGAGCAUCAAGAAAGGAAAAAAGUGCAUUCGGACUCCCAGAGUGUCAAAGCCCAUGAAGUUUGAAAUCUCCGGCUGCACCACCACCAAGUCCUACAGGCCCAAGUUCUGCGGCGUCUGCCUGGACGGCCGGUGCUGCACCCCCCACAGGACCACCACCCUCCCCAUGGAGUUCAAAUGUCCUGAUGGGCAGGUCAUGAAGAAGCACAUGAUGUUCAUCAAGUCGUGCGCCUGCCACUACAACUGUCCCGGGGAAAACGACAUCUUCGAGGCCAUGUACUACAAGAAGAUGGCCGGUGACAUGGCAUGAGUUGGGGGGGGGCAUGCCAGCCAAGGACUUAAAAAAAUAAAACUCCAUCUCAGUCAAACUUAGUUCAAGUAUGCUGACCAAACAGCACAGAUACUGGUGCAAGUGUCUGCUCGGCUGUUAGCACGUUAUCCUCAGUCAGACGGAGGGUUGCCCAGCAGCCCCACGCUCGUCCUGCACUAUGACUUCUGUUUUCUAACAGACAAACCUACUGUUAUCUGUCCUUCUAAAAUCCUCCUAAAAAAUGUUUUCUGUUUUUCACAAAAUAUGUAAAGUUCUUGAUACGAGGUUUCUGAUGAGUCCGCUCCACCCUGUCAAGUCCCGCAGCUAUUAGGGCGGACCACAGAGGCUCAGUGUUCUGCCGUCCAUGCAGGUGUGAGUGUGUUGUUUUGAGAGUGACUGCAGCAAUGAAUGACAGCCUUGUCUGGGGGGAAUCUGCGGGAAAGGUCAGAGUUUCCUCCCAGCAUGUGGGUGAGAAAUAAGGCAGCGACUGGCGUCAUACAAAAACACGUAGAGCCAGAGCAGUUUGCCAGGGCUCUGAGAAAACCACAAACAGGAGGGUGUUAACUCAAAUAAUACGGACUUGGGUCGAUAAGAAUCCAAGUGACCUUUGAAAAAAAAGUUUGUACAAGAUAGAAGAAAUGACUGGAAGAAUUGUAAUUUCAUUCCUUAUUUGAAUGUUAAUAUGUAAAUUCUGUAUAAAUUUGUACAGUUUAAGUUAAUUUAAAAAAGCAAGAUGUGUUCUGUGCUUCCAGUGUAUCAGCAGUGUGUUUGUUGUUGGAUGUAAUUUCUAUUUUAUUGAGAAAUGUGACCAAAAGGUCACAUGUUUGACUUUGUAGCUGAAAAUAAAGUCUAUAUUUUUAUA